UUCACCUUUGUAUCGAUUCACUGUAUCGGCUGCCCGUGGAUUGAUGCAUCGAUGCGUAUCGAUGAAUCGUCACACCAGUAGCUCUCAGAUCAUUCUCUCUUUGGAGCUGGUCCUAAUUUGGUGUUUAACGCCGUCUGUUUCGAAAGAGGUCUGUGGGACUGUUUUACCAGUUCCAGAACAUAUAUAUGAUAUUGUGGAGACAUCACGUGACCUAUGCCUCGUUUCCAGUGAUGGAGACGGACCGGAAGUUGGGUGAAGGGGAGAUAACAUGCCCUAUGCUGGAAUUGGACCCAGGAACAGCUCGGCGUCGUAUAAGCGUAUCUGGUCGGGUAGUUACCAACACUCCACCAACCACCCCUUCUCCUGAUACAGGAUGUCGGAUACAAGAAAUCACAUCAGUUCUGGCGUCCAGACCUCUGAUGGUCCGAAACAGCCCCGGUCAACAGUGCAUCUAUCAGGUAAACCUUGGGUUCUCUGUGAAAGGAUGUAUACCAGACAAGCGUAUGAUGCUAGAGACUGCUCUAACCCCCACCCCUGUAGGUGCUACCAUCAUUCAACGCACUGGACUGAGUAUAUGUGUUGUUACAUGCCCAAACCACAAGCAGCAGCUGCGUCUCCGGGUUGCCUAUAAUAGCACCGUCCUCAGACACACCCACUCACCCAGUACAAUGUUGGUCAGUCUUAUGACCUGCGACUGUGUUUUGUACUGGAUGGAGCUAACAACAAACUGUCAGUUAUCAAUGCUGCUGAUAACACAGUGUACACCACUGUUACAGAUGUAGAUUUUGACAGACCCAUGUGGGUUAUGAUGAGUGUUGGUUAUCCCUACUAUGUAGAUGUAACAGGAGAAGUGAUAUCAGGCCACAACGUUACAGGAUCCUUCAACGACUACAAUCGGUAGAAAAGUCUUCAUCAUCAACAUGACACUCUGCAUGUACAACACAGACGUCAUUGUCUGAACCCAGGCAAAACGUUGAUUGUCUGAAGGUGUCGGGUAUAUUGCACAAGAUCGCCAUAUGCAGCAGAUGCUGGUAUUUGUCUGAACCCAGGCAGUACGUUGAUUGUCUGAAGGUCCCGGGUAUAUGGCA